GUGUUUAGUCCUGCGCACGGUAAUUCAAAGGAUGAAUACUUUUACUCAAUCUUUGGCUAAAAUGCAGCAAGAUUUUUCAUUUCGGAUGGAGGCCCGUUUCCAGCGGUUAGAGACUUUGAUUAUGAGUACUAGUACAUUGGACAAACUUAUUGCUUUGCUAGAGAUGGUUCUUUAUGGCGAAAUUGAACAUGACGAAGGAGUCAGCAUACUUUACGACUACAUUGAUGAAAUGAUAACAAAUCUUCAGUCAUUUCGUCAUAUUGAAGGUCAGUCCAAUUAUGAUUCUGGCUUACAUGCAUUUGACAUUGAAAUCUCGUGUGCGGUACAGGAUUUUGUUCGUGGUCCCUCAAUUUUGCCGAUUUUGAUUCCUUUGGAGUUACAAAAUUUCAGAACAAAAAUGAUGAAUGCCAUCCGAAACCUUAUCAAUGCCCCGCUUUCUCCACCCAAUUUGGCUCAUAUGGUCACCAUAUCAAACACUGAGUCUCAUGAAAAGGAGUCAAGGGAUGAUUCAAGCGUAGAAUCAUAUGUUGGGGAUAACAUGGACAGUGGGCCUGAACUCAUAAAUGCAGAGGACGAGGGGUCCAACAUCGUGGGGAAAAAUAAAGAGUUUGCACUUUUAGAAGGUGUGUACAAGGUGACAGAUGAAGAUUGUAUCCACGCCGAUAACCCAAUUUCGUUGGACACCAUUGCGUUGUUCGACAUUGUUGCACGUUCUCGCAUGUCCAAAAUCUUGAGUGGGAACCUCCGCCUUGAGGACAAGGUUAGGACUCCUUCCCCUCCACGAACAUGUCUUCCGACCUUGGUUCUUCAGCACCUCUCAUUGGUUUUGUCCCUCAAGGGGAGCGAAAUUCACCCCAUACUGGGAGGAACUUCAAUUCUGAUACCUCUCGAGGACAUGACCAAGAUGGAUACGGGUGACCUCCUUUACAAGCUUGUCGGGAAUAAGAAGAGAAAGAGCACUGUUGAAGGGGGAUCAACACGUACUAGUAGUAGUACUAGCGUGGAAGAGUGCUUGAGAUCUCUGUCCUUGGAUUACUUGAAUCUCCUCAUCAACGGCCAGGCCUUCAGCGACGUCACCUUCACCGUGGAGGGCAGAUUGGUCCAUGCCCACCGCUGCAUCUUGGCCGCCCGGAGCCUCUUCUUCCGGAGGCUGUUUCACGGCGGCCCCGAUUCCCCCGACCCCGCGUCGCCGAGGAGGUCGUCGGCGUCUUCGUCGCCGGCGGUGAUCCCGGUGAACUCGGUGGGGUACGAGGUGUUCAUGCUGAUGCUGCAGUUCAUGUACACCGGGCAAGUGUCGCUCGUGCCCCAGAAACACCAGCCCCGCCCGGACUGCCGGGAGAUCGGGUGCUGGCACAUGCAUUGCUCCUCCGCCGUCGAUCUCGCCCUCGACACUCUCUCCGCCGCUCGAUCUUUCGGCGUUGACCAGCUCGCUCUCCUCACCCAGAGGCAUCUAGGAAGCAUGGUUGAGAAGGCUUCAAUGGAGGAUGUGAUGAAAGUGUUGCUAGUUUCAGCAAAACACGAAAUUCCCGAGCUUUGCAGUACAUGUUCCCAAAUGGUUGCCAAAUCCGGGCUUCCCUCCGACCUCCUAGCCAAACAUCUCCCCAUCGAGCUCGCGGCCAAGAUAGACGAGCUCCGCCACAAGUCCUCCGCCAUGCUGCCGCGCCACCGCCGCUACAACCUCGGCGGCCCCACCCUGGAGGAGCAGAGGAUCCGCCGGAUGAGGCGGGCCCUCGACUCCUCCGACGUGGAGCUCAUCAAGCUCAUGGUGAUGAGCGAGGGGCUGAACCUGGACGGCGCGCUGGCCCUGCACUACGCCGUCCAGAACUGCAGCCGCGAGGUCGUGAAGGCGCUCCUUGAGCUUGGGGUCGCCGACGUCAACUUUCCGGCGGGUCCCGCCGGGAAGACGCCGCUCCACAUUGCGGCGGAGAUGGUCUCGCCGGAUAUGGUGGCGGUGCUGCUGGACCACCACGCGGACCCGAACGUCCCCACCGUUAAUGGGGUGACGUCUUUGGAUAUUCUCCGAACCCUAACGUCGGAUUUUCUGUUCAAAGGAGCGAUACCUGGGUUGGCCCACAUGGAGCCGAACAAGCUCCGCCUCUGCCUCGAGCUCGUCCAGUCUGCCGUCUCCGUCAUCUCCCGCGAAGAAGGUAAUGGGACCAACAGCAGCAUCACUUCGUCCACGGUCAUGUACCCGCCGCCACCGCCGGCGAACGACGAUGAUCGUCGCCAAAUUUGCAGCGGUGGAAACAUAACCACCAUGGUUAACCUCAACCACGACGAUUCGUCGGCGGCAAGAACGUUGUAUCUAAACCUCGGGGCGGCGGUGGCGAGUAGCAGUAGCAAUCAUCAUCAUAACCACAGAUCAUCGGAAAACAGUUCAGACGAACCCCCGCCGGCUUCCUCAAUGUACCAUUCUCAUCACCAUCACUAUUAGUUACGGAGUACGGAGUAUAUUACUAGAAACCCUUUUUUAUUUUAUUUUAUUUUUUACGGAGUAUUUUGGGAUCCAACAGCCAGACCGGUCGCCAUUUGUUUAUUUUCCAGCCCGACCAAUCAUAAAGUACCAUAUGUAUU